AAACUCCUCCGCUACACAUCUGUAAGAUCAGAGUAACACAAUGGAUGAAUCUCAUCCUAAUGGAGAAAUUACAGACAAGCUGGAGAGGUCUCUGACCAUCGAUUCAGACGACAGGAUGGAAAAAUAUCAACGAUUGAUUCAGAACGGUAAAGAUGUGGCCAGACGAGGGGACAUGGACAAAGCACUGGAGUUCUUCAAACUGGCGAACAACAUUCACCAAAGUCAGAAACUGGAAAUCAGGAUCAAGAAGAUUGAGGAAUUAAUUGCUCAGACUGACUCUGAGGAAGACUACGAUGAGUUUGUCAGCGUGAACAACAGCGGUUUGAUGCUUUUUAAAGGGCUGUUUGACAAACUGUACGACUACCAGCGGGACGGUGUUGCCUUCCUGUACAGCCUCUACAGGGAUGGAUGUAAAGGCGGCAUCCUGGCCGAUGAUAUGGGCCUCGGAAAAACCAUUCAGGUGAUUUCGUUCCUCUCCGGGAUGUACGACAAUGAGCUGGCUAAACACACUCUGCUGGUCAUGCCGACAUCUCUCAUCAGGAACUGGACCAAGGAGUUUGCUAAAUGGACUCCAGGCAUGAGGGUCAAGGAGUUUCAUGGCAUCAGCAAAGGGGAGAGAACCAGGAACUUGGAGAAGGUCCAGAGGAGGAGCGGCGUCCUCAUCACCACUUACACCAUAUUAAUGAACAACUGGGAGCAGGUGUCAUCGUACCACGGCAGAGAGUUCACCUGGGACUACAUGAUCCUGGAUGAAGCCCACAAAAUCAAAAACACUGGCACCAAGACAGCCAAAAGUGUCUACGCCAUCCGGUCCAAAAACAGAGUUCUGCUCACAGGAACUCCGGUCCAGAACAACCUGAGAGAAAUGUGGGCUCUCUUUAACUUUGCCUGCCAGGGAGCUCUGCUCGGCACCGCUGAAACCUUCAAAGCAGAGUACGAGAACCCCAUCACCCGGGCCAGGGAGAAGGACGCCACUCCAGUAGAAAAGGCUCUCGGGAUGCGGAUGUCUGAGACCCUCAUGACCACAAUCAAACCCUACUUCCUCCGCAGGACCAAAUCAGAAGUGCAGAAAAACAGAAAAAAUGGCACAAAUUCAUGCAAAGAGAAACAUUUGGACAACAAUGUCCCAAAUGUGCAAAAAGUCUGUGGAGCCAUGAUGCCCGAAUUGGCGAGGAAGAACGACCUGAUCGUGUGGACGUACCUGAGUUCUGUUCAGGAGGACAUCUACAGACAGUUCAUCUCCUUGGACCACAUCAAGGAGCUGCUGCUGACCACCAGAUCUCCUCUGGCUGAACUGAACAUGAUGAAGAAACUGUGCGACCAUCCCAGGCUGCUCUCUGCUGCCGCCAUCAGCAAGUUAGGCUUGGAGGAAAACGGAGGUGAGAGCCAGCAAGGAGACGAGGCCGACACCGACGCCCACAGCAUCGACAACAUCCCCGACGACACCUUAAUAUCGGAGUCCGGGAAGCUCGUCUUCCUGUUCGCGCUUCUGGAAAGGCUCAGAGAGGAAGGCCACCGAACGCUCGUCUUCGCUCACUACAGGAAGGUGCUGGACAUCAUAGAGCGUAUCCUCGGCAACAGAGGCUUCAAAGUGCUGAGGCUAGACGGUACGAUAACGCAGAUCGCAGAGAGAGAGCGGCGCAUCUCUUUGUUCCAGACAGAUGACCGCUACUCCGUCUUCCUCCUCACCACACAGGUUGGUGGCGUCGGCAUCACUUUGACGGCAGCUAACCGGGUGGUCAUCUACGAUCCCAGCUGGAACCCGGCAACAGACGCCCAGGCUGUGGACCGGGCGUACCGCAUCGGACAGACCGAAAAUGUCAUCGUCUACCGGCUCAUCACUUGCGGCACUGUGGAAGAGAAGAUCUACCGCCGGCAGGUUUUCAAAGACUCCCUCAUCAGGCAGAACACCGGCGACAAGAAGAACCCAUUUCGGUACUUCAGCAAGCAGGAGCUGAAGGAGCUCUUCACGCUGGAGGACACCAGGUCGUCGUCCACGCAGCUGCAGCUUCAGGAGCUUCAUUCCCGACACCGGCGGACCGACUUGGAGCUGGACGAGCACAUCGCUCACCUCCACACCAUGGAGAUGUUCGGCAUCUCCGACCACGACCUCAUGUUCUCCCUCGACGUCCACAAUGACGAGGCGCCCGAGAACCAAGUGGAGCACCAGUACAUCGAGGGGCGGGUCCAGAAGGCCCAGGAGCUGAUGAAGGCCGAGUCCGAGCUGCAGAUGCAGCUGGCAGAAAACAUGAUGUCCAGCACAGAACCAGCCUGGCUCAGACAACCAGCGGACAGCAGAGGGUCGCGUGAGAGGAAACCAAGAAGUCCUAAACAGAGUCCUGCGUGUCCACCGCAGGACCACAAGUUAAACGGGUCAGUGGUUGUAGUGGAUUUGGACCAGGACAGCCAGCAGAACCUGAGUGACCGAGUCAUCGAUCUAACAGCAGACCAGAGUGCAGCAGAAGUUCUAGAAGUCAGUCAGGAUGAAGUUCAGCCUCCAGUCAAAGAGGAGAGCAGUUACCUGGAGGCACCAGAGGAGGUGAUGGAGUCAGAUGAAGAUCCAGAAGCUGAAGAUCCAGAAGCUUCUGUUGGAGAACUGAUGGAAACAUCUGAGAUGUCCAAGGCAGCAGGUGAUGGCAGCCUCCUGGAAGCUGAACAAGAUGAACAGCAGCCAAACGGAGCUUCACCCUCUAAAUCCAGCUCCGACAUGGACUUGGGUCAUCAUCACAUCUCACCUCUGCAGAACCAAAGACUUUCUGUCCUGCAAGCUUCCAACUCCAGCUUCAGAGGAGACGCGUCCUCCAGAGUCAGCACCGGCCUCGAGUCCCUGAACAGGAACUUCCAGUUACAGCUGGACGACAGCGACGUGUCCUCAGAUGAUCCGGACACCGAAGCCGAGGAGCGACGGCUGCUGUCUCAGCUGCAGAUGGAGGGAAGUUUCGACGUCAGCAAGUCUCUGUCUGAGCGGCAGCAGAGAGAAGCUUCCAGGCAGAACGUCAGCCUCCUCGCCACCGUGGACGAGUCGGCGGACGAUUCCACCGUGGCGACCAGGAAGAAGAGAGUGGCGGUGAUUUAUGAUAGUGAGGAGGAGGAGGAGGACGAAGAGCAGCAGCUGAUGAAGAGCCGACUGGAGAGCUCCUUCCAGGCGCUGGGAGCUUCAACGCCCAAAUCUGGUUCCACCCCUCGGAGGACCAGAAGGAGCGUCGGAGGAAACACCUCUGUGGCGUCACGUCGGUCACUGCUGCAGUCCAUCAUGGAGGACAUGAACAACCAGGAGGAGGAGGAAGAUGAAGGCCACGAUGAUGAACGUUGUGAUGAAGCCGAGGAGAAUAACGCUGUUGGUUCCAGUGGUGAUGAGCUUCAGAUGGAGGAGACCGAAGGAGAGACUCUGAACUCAGAGGAGGAGGAUGAAGGUGAUGAAGAGGACGAUGAAGAGGAGGAUCAGUCCGAGGAGAUGAGCCUGAACUUGGAGGAGUCCAGCGGUGAUCCUGAGCUUUCUUCUUCUGAGAGGAUGGAUCGAUGCGCCGCAGAGACCGACGGGAUGGAAGACGUCUGCGAGGCCGAGAGCUACGAAUCUCUGGUGAGCAGAGGGAAGGAAUGUUUCAGCAGAGCUCAGCUGGACCAAGCUCUGGGCUUCUUCCUCAGAGCCAUCGACAUCCAGCCUGGAGACCCCGAAGUCCAGCUGAUGACCAUCCAGCUGUACCGGCAGCUCAGUCAGAGGAGGUAACCACCUUCUGAGACCAGAACGUCCAGAGUCCAACUGAGGAAGUCUGUUAGAGGAGGAGACUAAACCUGUGGAAACAUCUCACUGAUGUGUAGCUUCACCUUUACUUCAGUUAUUCAAAGUGCUACUGUAACGCUAUGUUUGGGUUGUGUGUUAGACCAUUCUGCUUCUAAACCCCUCAGUUAACACUGACAUCAGAUGAACCUCAACAGCCUCCAAACAUUCAACAGGACUUUUAUUUUCAAUCAUCUGAACUGUUUGUUUCCUCCUGCAGCCAAUCAGAGCCUCCUCAGCUGGAGGAGAAGGAGAAGAGGAAGAGGAAGACGAAGAAGAGGAAGAAGAAGAAGAAGAGGAAGACAAAGAAGAAGAAGACAAAGAAGAGGAAGACAAAGAAGAGGAAGACAAAAAAGAAGAGGAAGAAGGCGAAGAAGAAGACGAGCGGUGCUGCGUUCACUGACCUCCAUCUUCUCCAUCAGGACACAUCACAUGUGAGGCUGACGGAGGAUUCUUCUUCACUUCAACUCUCUGAGCAGCGCCAUGUUGGCGUAGCUCCGCCUCCUGCUCUGAUUGGUUCUGGAGACUCGGCCCGCAGUAGCAGGUUCUCUACCGGCAGUUCCUCAGAGCCGCUCAGGACAAACCUUCAUCCCCCAAAUCUGGGAUGAGUUGAUUCAGCUGGUGGCGCUGGUGAAGCAAGUGAAGCAGAAUGAAUCCUUGAAGCUCGUUUUCCUGGAAGCUUUUCAACACAGUCCUCUUUGGAGGCAUCUGGUGGCCAAAAGCAUGAAGAGCAGCUUGAAUCUCCAACCUGAGAUGAAAUGUCCAUGAUGGUUUCCCUCUACACUCCAACACGGCUUUGUUUGGAUCAUAAAGUAAAAUACUAGAUUGUUCAUUGUUCUUUUGUCAUUUUGUGUCUCAUCUUUGUAAUAUUUUGUCUCGUUUUUGUUGUUUUUUAAAAUCUUUUUUAAAUUUGUCUCAUAUUUUUGUUGUUUUCUUCCUCGCAUUUGUCCAUUUUUUGUAACUUUUUGGUUUGUUUCAUGUUGUUUGUCUCCUUUUUUGUAAAGUUGUUUCUCACUUUUGACACUUUGUGCUUUUUGGCGUUUUGCGUCUUGUUUUUGGAGUUAUGUGUCUCAUGCUGGUAAUAUUUUUGUUAUUUUUUUGUCUUUUUUGUUAUUUGUCUCAUGUUUUUGCCGUUUUGUUUCUCGUUUUGGUUGUUUUGUGUUUCCUUUUUGCCUCACUCGUGUUGUUUGUCUAUUUUUUUGGUGUUCUGUUUCUCGCUUUUGUCGUUGUUUGUCUUGUUAGUGUCAUUUAUGUAAUUUUUUCUCUCUUUUUUGUCAUUUGUCCAUUUUUUUGUCUCUUUCUAACUUUUUGGCCAAAUUUUUUGUCUCUUUUUUUGUUUCAUGUCGUUUGUCUCAUUUCUUGUCAUUUUGUGUUUCACUUUUGAUGUUUCGUUCUAAUUUUUUGGCAUUUUGUGUGUCAGUUUUGUAAUAUUUUGUCUUGCUUUUGUUGUUUUUUGUCUUUUAUUUUUCUAAACAAAUUUCAGGUUGUUCAUGAUGUUUUGCAAAAAGAUAAUUCCUUAAAUGUGAACAUUUUUGCACUGAAACAAAGUAAACAUUAGGAGUUGUGGUUAUUUAUGCUGGGAUUUUACUGGAGAUCAGACUGGGCUGGGGCUAAGGUUAUGGUGUUAUGAACGUGUAUUUUAUACGGGGGAAAAUAAUCUGAUGUUGACUUGAUUAAUAAAUGGUUUUGAUGAAUAAACGUU